CAUUCCCCGCCAUUGCUCAUAAACGUACGCACUUUAUACUGUGUACACCAUGCGCUAGACAAUGCGCUCCAUCAGGCCACUCCCGGAAGCUACGAGCGGUUUGCAGAUGAUGAGCUGAGAAGAGAAUGACGCCAAAUUAGCCAUUUUGAGCCGGUGACAGUAAGAAUAUACAACCCAUAAAAUCAUACCACGAUCACCGGGGUUUCACGAGAGAGCAAAAUGGCCGGCUCAUCAUCAGAUGCAACCACAGUCCAGAUGACUGGUGCAGCGGCCGUGGGCGAGCAGCCACUGGACAUCACGGACCAGCGGACCAUCAAUCUAUUCUCCGAGCUCCUCAGCAUGCUAGCCAAGGAGCUGACAGAGCACGAACUCACGCAUGCCCGUCUCUUGUGUAGCCAUCAAGGGGUACCCGCCGGGGAACUGGAGACCGAUGACGCGGUGGAAUUUUUGAGGGUUCUUGAGAAGCACGAUUUAAUUGGAGAGGACAAGACGCAGUUUCUGAAGGAGCUGUUGGAAAAAUCGGAUAUCUCCGCCGGGAUUGAUUUUGUUAAGGAGUACGAAGAAAAGAGGCGAACACAUAUCCAGAAUGUGGAGAUCUUACUUGGGAAGCGGGAUCCCUUUUUUGUGGGACGGACCACAUUCGUCAGCAGGAUCCUAGAGGUCUUUGGCAAUCAGGGCCAUGACAAGUGCCGCUGCGUUCUGGUGUACGGGCUGGCAGGCACGGGCAAGACUAAACUGGCCGUGGAGAGCAGCGCGAUUUACAAAGAGCAGGCAGGGUGCGGCACCAGACUACUCCGCGUCAAUCUCCGUAAGGCGACCAACAUGGAGGAAGUUGGGCUUUGGAUUCUGAACACCGUAACUGGCAAGCAGAUCACCCAGAAACAGUUUGAUAUGGAACUGGUCAAGAAGUGGAUCAUGAACUGCUUACAAGAUACCGUUCUACUGUUGGACAAUGCUGAUGACAUCCUCAACCCAUCAUCGUAUAGUAAGGAUCACUUUGUGAACACCCUGAGCGACCUCUUAUCGAUAACCAACUGUCACGUGAAGUUCCUCCUAACCUCUCGCCAUCCUGUUGAUUUCAUGGGUCUUAAAGAGCUCCCAAAUUUCAAAGAGGUCAAACUGGAGCCUCUGCCGGUCCGCAAAUCCUUGCAGCUUCUUACGAAGAUGUUUAACCAUGCUAAGGGGCUUUCUGGAAUGGUCUCGGUCGGAGGAGAGGCGUUACAGGACGAAGAAUCUCUGGUUGAAAUCGCCAAGCUGUGUGGCAAUAACCCUCAGGCCCUGCGCGCCGUGGCGAGCCGCCUGAGCAGCGGGUUCAGCCCCAGAAGUCUGGUUGAGUACUUGAAGUGUCCAGAAGGUGCUCAACGGGUGUUGGAUCCCGGCUCCUUGGGAUCUAGUCAAGCCGUUCAAGACGAGAGGAAGGAUUUCGAGGAUCAGCCACUGGUACUUAAUUCGCUGGGCGCCAUGUACGAGCAGCUCCCUCUAAAUCUGAAGGAAUCCUUGCUGAAACUCUCGGUCUUCCCAAGUUCCUUCAGUCUGAGUCAAGGGGCUAAGGUCGUAGGAAAGAAGCCAUCGGACGCAGUUAUUAAGUUCGACUUGGAGGACUUGAAAAAAUGGAGUCUUCUCGAACGGGAUGAUGAUUCCAUCCUUGACACUGGACUAAGCGACGAAGAGCCUUACUACUUCAUGCACCCGCUGGUGCGGUCAGUUUGCCUGAGCAAAAUAGGAUCCAGUGAGAUACACAAGGCAGCAUAUGAAGAUGCACUCCGUCGAUUCUUAGCCUACAUAGCAGACCUUCUUAAAGAUCUAACGCAGUUGGGUCACAGAGAUUUCGCCAGCGCACUGGCCAGAUUUGAAUCCGACAAGACCAAUGUCUUGCACUAUUUGGAGCUCGGGAUGGGUAACAAGUUCGGUUGUGAAGUUAUUGCCGAACAGGAGAACCCCGCCUCUGACGUCCCACUCCCGAAGACGGAGGGAUUGUUCAGCAUUUUCGAGACUUUUCUUGAUCCCUCUAAGAGGUUAGAAUAUUACACAAAUAUGAGUAUCAGAAUGUUGAGCAGAGGGGAACAAGAAGCCUGGGCUUACUUGCGAGGAUGGAUGGCUGAUGAGCUCUACGUGAGAGCAAAAUACGAUGAAGCCUGGAAUGCGGUCGAAGAACCGCUUAAAGUGUUGAAAGCCCGAGCCAGCGAUCCCGCCAUCGGCCGAACAAAUGACCUGGAAAGAGCUGAAGCUCAGCUGCUAUACGUGAAGGGCCGCAUCCUGGUGGCUCGGCGCAAGUACAAAGACGGUAUUGCUAUCCUUGAGCAAGCCUUGAAAAUUCAAGAGCGUCUCCUUGGGAAUCACUCGCUCACGGCUCGCUGCCUGAACGGGCUGGGUCACGCUUACUUCAACAAGGCAGAUGAUGACCGCCUCUGUAUCGGCGCGACAGAAGCCCACGAGUACCAUCUGAAAGCCUGGGAGAUGCUGGUUAAAAUCACCAACGGCAAACCAGAGAAGCACUUCGAUGCACCCAUGUACUUGCUUAAUAUCGGCGCCACUUUUCAUCAGAUGGGAAAGAAAUUUAAACGUAGCAACAAGAAGAACGCUGACGAGUACUUUAACCUUGCCAUCAAGAACUACCACGAGGCAUACGAUCUGGAGAGAGCCUUAAAACUGUCCAACUCCCCAAACACUGCGUUCGUCCUCAAGAACAUGGCCAUGAGCUAUUGUGAAAUGGAGGAAUACGAGAAAGCUCUACCGUUGGCAACAGAUGCCGUCAACAUCAGAGAGGAGACCAUAGGCGUGCAUCCUACCACGGCUCGCAACCUGUUCUUCAUUGGAUCCUUGUACGACAGUUUAGGGGACGAAUGCAAGAAAUCAAAGAAACCUGAAGAUAGAACCAAACCGCCAGAGAACUACAAACUAGCCCUGGAAUACUACAACAGGGCCUUCGAGAUGGAGGUCAAACUCGGGCCGUCGAACCACAGCAUCGAGUACGACGACUUGAAGACAGAUCUGCAGGACGUGCUAAGGAAACUGCACAUGAACAAAGAGUUGGAUAAGUAUCGGAGGAUGUUCAAGGCGGCGGACAAGGGAACUCCAGACUUAGGAGAUUUGAGCAUGGACUUGAGGUCCGUAUCGGGACAGGCCUCUCCGUCAAGAAAACGGUCUCCAGACAGAAUGGACGCCGAGGACGGGCACACGGGGACCAGCGAUGAUGACGAGAUGGCGGGACCAAGCAGACAACGGGCACCAGGUCCCGUGUUCCCAGACGAAAAUCCUAGCAAGCGCUCCAAGUGUAGCAUGUCAUAAAGACGGAAUCAACACAAGGUCUGCAGCUAUUAAACGGGAUUUCAUAAUAUACAGUUUCUCUCAGUGUGUCACAAUGUGUGUCACCCUGGCAGCCAUCUUGAAAAUAUAUCGAUUCUCACUUAAGCGCAUACUGUAAUAUUCAAGAAUAGUUUGUGAGAAUUCCAAUACCAGUUUACUCGGACCGAUUUAUCAUUUGAUCAAGGAAAUGUUAAUGGUGGAGCGUUAUGCCUAAAUUUUGACUUCUUUUCUGCAAAAGAAUUAAUCCCCCACCAAAAAAUGAAUUCCAUGCUUCCGAGUAGAAAAUAGCUUCAAAAUGAUAGUAAUGAAAUAAUCAAGUAAAUAUUUCCAAAUUUAAAUCAUCUUAAAACUAUAAUCAAGAUUUAGUGUGUUUUAUAGAUAAGUGCUUAAAAGUUGUAUUUUAACAAUUUAAGUUUUUUCUCCUGAAUGUACAUUUCCUGUCCAAAACUUGCUUUUUAUUUUGCCACUUUGUCUUUCGUUUAGAUAGUAUAUUAUUUAAAACUGAUAGUGUAAAACACUGGUAUACGCAUAAGCAAAACUUUCAUUAAUAUCACCAAUUAAAUAAUAAAGAGUUCGUAAUAUAAAACAAGUGACUGCUGUGAUAUGGGACUGCUGUGAUGUGGGAAAUGACAUUCAUCCGAGGGGCGCAAAGCACCAGAGGCGAAGCUGAGGGUGCUAUACGCCACAUCACAGCAGUCAAUAAUUGUUUAUGUUACAUCGUGACAAUAAGUAAAAAAACUCUUACUAUGCAGGAUAUAUGAAAUCAAUGUGGUGUAUCAUUUUGACCUUUUGAAAUCCGUGAGCUUUCCUUCCAGAGACUGAGCGGUUGCAGUUCUCAGUCGCUAGACGCGUGGGUCAGUCACACGCGCGCGCAACGCAUAGGUAAUUUAUAUUCAACGCAGUGUAUAUGAUGUAUAGCAACGCAGUGUAUAUGAUGCAAAUAGUAAACAAUUGUUGACUGCUGUGAU